AUGGAGUCCGUAGCCUUCCAGAUUUGGGCCACCGUUUCUCUUCUGGCCUACCUUGCAGAUGGGAGCCCCAUAACGAGUCUAGAUGUACCCCUUAUGGAUGAAGAGGUGCCCUUCUUUGAUGAACAGGAUGCGCUGCUUCAGAAUUUGCAGAACGAGCUCAUGAAGGCACUUAAUCUCUCAGGGAUCCCCCUGCAAGAGGCAGCCAAGACGGAGCCUCCAGAAUACAUGUUAGAGCUCUACAAUAGGUUUGCCAGGGACAAGACCUUGAUGCCAUCAGCCAAUAUUGUUAGAAGCUUCAAAAAUGAAGAACAGAGUUCCCGGCCCCUACGCUUUAAUGGAAUACAGAGGUAUCCUCUCCUUUUCAAUGUCUCCAUCCCUCACCAUGAGAAGGUAACCAUGGCUGAACUGAGGCUCUACACCCUGGCGGAGGACAGACCCCUCUAUGAAAACCUCGACAGGAAGAUCACCGUUGUGGAAGUGCUGGAGGGCGAACACGGAGGAGGAAAAGAGGGAGACGAGAGGAAGCUGCAAGUGCUGGCGUCCAGAUUUAUUUACAGCACUGACAAUGAAUGGAAAACAUUCGAAGUGACAGAAGCCAUCAGGAAGUGGCAUCACUCUGACUCCACCACUCACCGGCUAGAGGUGCAGGUGGAGUUCCGAGGGGGAGAGAAUCCCAACCCAGGAAGACACAGAGGCAUAGACAUCAAUUUGGAGACCAAACACAAGCCGUUGUUAAUUGUGUUUUCAGACGAUCACAGUCAUGCCAAGAAAGAGGAGAUCUAUGAGCUGAAGGAGAUGAUGGAGCACGAGCAGGCGGAAGAGUGGCCAGAUUUAGAUUUGCAAGAUUUCUCCAGCAGCCCCAAUGAUCUGCUCCAGAUCAGGUCCAACAUCAUCUAUGACUCAACGUCCAGGAUCAGGAGGAAUGCCAAGGGAAGCACCUGCAAGAAGACAUCUCUUUAUGUGGAUUUCAAGGAGAUUGGCUGGGAUUCCUGGAUCAUUGCACCUGCUGGCUACGAUGCCUACCAGUGCAAAGGAGCCUGCAGCUUUCCUCUGGAUGGCAGCCAGUCGACCACCCAUGCCAUGGUCCAGACGUCCGUUCAUUUGAAUGAUCCCCAGAGAGCUUCUCCUGCCUGUUGCGUCCCGACCAAGCUAGACCCCAUCUCGUUGCUCUUCUUGGAUAAAGGGAUAGUCACCUUCAAGCAAAACUAUGAGGGCAUGUCCGUCUCAGAAUGUGGCUGCAGAUAG